AUGGACCCUAUAGAAUCUACUACAACUACAACGCCUGGGUUAACUAUCAUUCGUCUAAAACGCAAGCGAAAUGAAGAGCCAUUAGACGCGCUUGUUGUCCAACAACUUUUUGAGAGUGGAAAAAAGAAGGCUAAACGUAAUGACAAAGAAGCGAAAAUUGAAGCUAAAGUCGAAGAGAAUCUGAAAGUUGAAAACGUUGAAAACGUGAAAGAAGAACCAAGAGAGUCUAUACCAUUCAUAUUUCGAUUCGCAAAGACGGUUGAAGAGAUUAGCUUUAAUGAUUCAACUAAAACGCAACAAUUGAAAGAUCAUAUAGUGAAACUAAUAAGUCGUAAAGAUAUCUUAAAACGUAAAGGAAUUGAAACUAAGCAAAUUCGGGAAGAACAAAUCGCACGCUUCAAUGAAAGUGGUCGAAAAGAAAGAUAUAAAGUUAUUGAUAGAAAUAGACAAAAGAGCAACAGUUCAUUGAUUACUUCGGGUGACGACGUCGAAGAUGAAGACGAGGUUGCCACAAACUUAUUUAAGAUGUACGACGCGGUUAAGGAAAACGUAUCACUUAUUGAACCAAAAUUUGUUGAGAAAGAUGACAUAGAUUCUGAAAUUAUGUGCAAUUUUAUUCCUAUGGUGCGACAAUAUCUUUCACUUCAAGAACAAAUCGAUAAAGAAGAUUCCGAUGAUGCUUACGUUUAUGAUGUGUACUAUCGGGAUGAUGCCAUGGAUUUAGAUGAUCGGAUGAAUUUCAAUAAAAUCGCUACAUUGACAUGGUUUAAUGAUGAUGGGAAUGAAUUAUUCGUUAACGAAUCGGAUGAAAAGGAUGAGAUUGUUUAUUCCGAUGAAGAGGAUUCUAACGCCGAAGAUUAUUAUACUCAUGAUUAUCCUGAUGAAGAUGAAGAAGCUUGGAGCGUACAAGAAGAUAACUCUGAUGAUGACGAAGAUCGUUAUUAUUGA